UAAAAAGUGUGUUCCUUUCUGCUCUGUCCACGCACAGUUAGCAGUUCAUGAACACAUCACCCAGGCGCAGAAUUGCCCAUCCUGUACAUUCCUAUCCAGCCUAAGCUUCCUGCUCCCAAUGUUUUGAGCUCGCUCCAGUCGGAGACAGUUCACCAUGUCCACCGGGUCUCUCAGCGAUGUCGACGACGAGCUCCUGGACGGCAUCCUGAAGUUUGGCUCCUCCGGUAAAGACUCCAACGAGAGCACAGAGGAGAGCUCCAACUGCGAGGGCCCCUUCGCGAACGACGACCGGAGAGACGCGCCGGGUAAGAAGAGGAAGACAGCGUCCCGGAAGACAGCACCCAAGGGUGUGGCACAGCAGGAGGGCAAGCAGGUGCAGAGGAACGCAGCGAAUGCUCGGGAGAGAGCCAGGAUGCGCGUCCUGUCCAAAGCCUUUUCUCGGCUGAAGACCUCUUUACCCUGGGUACCACCGGACACCAAGCUCUCCAAACUGGACACGCUGCGCCUGGCCUCCAGCUACAUUGCGCACCUCCGGCAGAUACUGGCCAACGACAAAUAUGAAAACGGAUAUAUCCACCCUGUUAACCUGACUUGGCCCUUCAUGGUCGCAGGUAAACCGGAGAACGAGUUGAAGGAGAUGCUCAACACAACGCGGUUAUGUGGUACAACGGCGUCUUGAUGCACCCAAACGGACACGUUUUCAAGGGAACAAUGGUUUUCCAUGAAAAAGAAACAAACAAACAAAAAUAAAAGACAGUGACUGAAAGGCACGUUUCAUCUCCGCAGACUUUGAGUGGGAAUAACAGAGGGAGUGUGUCCUCUCUCUCCUUCGUUCCCGUAAAGACAAGCUCAAUUUUAUUUAAAUGCAUUCCGUCACUCAUUUGUUGUCUUUGCUGGUUCAAAGAUAAACUGUGUGCAUUCAAUUGCUUUUUUUUAUACUCUCCAGAUGCAUUUUUUUUUAACUCGUGCAGACCUUUUUUGCUGCUGCAUUGUGAUGGAUGGCUGUGCACAUGUUGCGUGUCCACUGUCUCGAAUGGCUGUACAGAUUACAUGUAUAUAAAAUAUAUUUGUAUCACUUUUACUCCUUGUGUACUGAAUGCAUUUUCUUCCCCUCUUACUGUUCUUCUUUAUUUGCGUGUGUGGGCCAGUGCUUUGACCUGGUAACCUCUCUCAUCACUCCUCUCCUUCAGAAUAGCAGAACCUGAGCACCAGCAAAGCGCCAGCGCAGAUAAGUCUCUCUCUGUUGUUUCUAAAAGAUAACACUAGACGUGGUUUUCAUUACAUAAACAAACUUUUGCCUGCAAAGACCCUAAGUCACUUGUAAUUUAAACACUUUAAAACAGUUGCAGAUAUAAUUUACGAAAAUUGGUAUAAUUUCGAGUGUUUUAGUAUGAGAGGUCAUGCAUCCUGCAAAUCUUUAUUUAACCACAACAAUACCACGGCUUCGUAAGUUUAUCUCUAAAACAACAUCGAAAAUAAAAGAUGGUUGUCAUGUAAAUGAGACAUUCAGAGUUCAAUGAUUGGAUGGACUAUUUAACGUUCAGCCAAUCAGACUCGAGCUGUGUGGCUCGCUGUCAGAAGACGUUUAAGACAUCUUUGAAAGUUGUAGAAAAACUGCGCGCUUAGCUUUAAUCCCGCCCAGGCCAGUUGUUUUAAUUCGCUCGGGUUAUGACCGCAGUGUUUACAUCACGCCGACAGUUAUUUAUGCAGUCUGACACACGGCCUCUCUCCCUCUCUCUCUCCCUUUCUCUCUCUCAUUGUGGUUUAUUGGGAUGAAAGUAAAGAAGGAUACUACUAAAGAAGUGUGGACAUUGUACAUCAGCAUUUUUUUUGACGGAAUCUUUCCUUUCUACCCCCUUUUUGUUGUCUCUGUUCACUCUCUCCCUCCAUCCUGUGUGAAUGUUCCUUUGCAUUUUCUGGUUUAAUACAAAGAAAGCAGAAACCUGCCUACAACUGCUUAUAACUCAACUUACAUUCAGAGGUCAUUCUUUAAUAAAA